AUGGCGGGCAUCUUUCGUCUUCUCAAAAUGCAGUACAUGUCCCCCAAGGACCCACAUGACAUCUCCUUUGCGGGCAAGAUCGUGAUCUUGACCGGCGCCACUUCGGGUCUGGGAUACGAAGCAGCAAUCAAAUUCCUCAAUCUCGGUGUGGAGUCUCUGGUUAUUGGCUGUCGUGAUGUCGAACGCGGAAACAUCACCAAAGCCCAGCUGGAAAAGUCCACCAACCGACAGGAUGUGAUUCAGGUCUGGGAGCUGGACAUGAACAGCUUCGACAGCGUCAAGAACUUCGCCAAUCGUGUCAAUGCCGACCUCCCCCGAGUCGAUGUGGCCCUCUUGAAUGCCGGCGUGCUCAACCGUGACUAUGCUGUGACGCCCGAGGGCUGGGAGGAGACCCUGCAGGUCAAUACCUUGUCGACUUCGCUGCUUGCCAUUCUACUUCUUCCCAAGCUGCGACUGAGCUCGACCGCGACCGAGCCAACUCACCUGACCGCUGUCUCCAGCCAGCAAUUCGUUCGUGUUCGGCCCGAGAGCUUUCCUUCUGAGGGUCCUCUGCUCGCCCAUGUGAACCAAGCCGACCAGUUCAAGGGCCCGAAGCAGUACGCCAUGUCCAAGCUCUUGCUCGAAUAUGCGAUGAAGACUAUCGCCGAUCUGGCGUGCACCCACCAAGGAUAUUUCCAGGUCAUUGUCAACACCGUUAGCCCGGGAUUCUGCGCUUCCUCCCUUGGCCGAAAGUAUGACCAGUUCUACAUGCGUUGCCUUUCGUGGUUCGCGUACAAGCUCCUUGCCCGCACGGCCGAACAGGGAAGUCGCUCGCUGGUUAGUGCAACUGUGCAGGGCAUUGAUUCCCACGGCCGCUGCUGGCGCAGCGAUGAUUAUCUCGACGAGUCCAAGGCCUUGACCAGCGGCCCCAAGGGCGAUGAGCUCCAGGCGCAGGCGUGGCAGGAGAUCAUGGGGGUCAUGGAGGAGCAGGCAGGCGAAGUCCGAAUCAUUGCGCAGCGCAUCUAA